UUUGCCGAUCGCACCAACCUUCGCGGAAUCAAAUGUGAGAAUACACUUCCAAAUCUGAUUCAGCUUUUCCUUCUUCAUUUCAUACAACCAUGGACAACCUCAAGUUCGACGAGGCUACACAAAAAGAGCUUGCUACGUUCUUUGAGCGAGAACAAGCCCAAGCUCGCGUCAACUCUACCGUGCACACCCUCACAAGCAUGUGUUGGGACAAAUGUGUCACCGGCACUCCAGGGUCUCGCUUCUCUCGUGGCGAGGAGAGCUGUCUCUUGAACUGCGUGGACCGCUUUAUGGAUACCAGUUUAUACAUCAUUAAGACCAUAGAGGGACAACGCUCGCAGCAACUACAAUCAUAAAGCACAUACAUAUGCUUAAUUGCUUACAUCAUUAUCCAGCAGAAUAUACUAUUACAUGAAACACUCCCAGA